UCCACCGUCUCGGGCCGCUAUUUCAUCUCCCCCCCUCCGCUGAGGCAUCCCCAGUUGCCUAGGGCUCUAUGCGUAUUUAAAUCGCAUCAUCCCCUCUUCUGCCUGCUUCUUCAGCCUCGUGUCAUUCUUCCUAUCAUCCUCUCCCGCCAGCCACCUCCAUCUUCGUCAACUCAAAGCCUCGUCUGCCAUCAUCAUGACUCCCAACAGUGAGAACGCCAUGGCUCGCUUCCUUCUGGCCAUCUUGAACCAGAAAAACCUCAAAGACAUCGACUGGAACCAAGUCGCAGCGGAUCCUGUCCUUAUGCAGCCCAUCACAAACGGCCACGCUGCGAGAAUGCGUUUUGCUAGAUUCCGCACUGCCGUCAACGGCCACGAGCCGCAGAAGAGAAACCGCACCGCCGACAAGUCUCGGGUUACCAAGUCCAAGAAGCCCUCUCAAGCCAAGAGGGACAGCCUUGUCAAAUCAGAGUCGGGCAUGAGUCUUUCUUCUUAUGCAAAUUUCUCUCCCGCCUCGACCACUUCUCCUUACCUCACCGACAACCGAGACGACAUCAACCCUCGAUUUCUCACACCCUGCAGCGAUGACAUGGCUCAUGGCCUGUCAGUGAACCCUGCUACUCUCGAAGACCUCCGACUCCGAAACGGCUUCGGUCCUUCGAUGGAGUGUAACCAAGACUUGAUGCCUCAGCCUGGCCACGACCACAUUAGCUUGGCUCAGUCUCCCUUUCAUACGUUUGAGAACGCCUACGACCUGAGCAGCUACAAGACUGCAGGCGAUUCCCAGAGCCCGGCUGCUCUGGACCUGACUGGCGUCCAUUCUCUCGCAGACUUCAGCCCAGAGUGGGCUGAUCACUUCGCCGAUAACCACCCAUUUUGAUACCCAACAAAAAGACCACGAAUAGAGGAUGGAUAAUGUAAAAAACCGGGGAUAUGUUUAGAACGUUUUGCUGUUAUGACUUAAUGACUACGGUUCUGAAGCUGGGGUUUGCUUGCUUCUUGUUAUCUCUUGGUUG